AUGACUAAAACUAUCUGUAAAAAUGAUAAAUCAAAAGAUUCAAAGUCAUGUAAUGUAGUUCUCGAUAAAUUAAAAUCGUUUUUUGCUAAUGGAGAUAUAACCACUAAUAAAUGUUUCGUUCGAACAGCCACCUUUACAUUAUUGUGUAUACCUCAUGGCAUAUUCUGGGCGACACAAAUCCCUUGGUUUGUGAAGUUUAAUCCAUACGGAUUUCUAGUGCCGAUCUUUUUUGGUAUUUUGUUCAUUAUUUCCCUCAUAUUCUUCUUCAUUUGCAGUUUCAUUAAUCCUGGAAUUAUUCCUAAACAAAAUUCAAAUCGUGAUUGUUAUGAUCUUUUUACGGGAUUCAAUAGAGGGAAUUAUAGGAACAAGUAUUCUUUUCGUGCUGACAAACCCCUAUUUCUAAUGAUUAAUGGUAGAUAUUUGAGGGUUAAAUAUUGUGAAACAUGUAAUAUAUACAGACCGCCAAGGAGCGUGCAUUGUAGAUUAUGUGACGUUUGUGUAAACAGAUUUGAUCACCAUUGUAAGUGGGUAGGAAAUUGUAUUGGGUACAACAAUUAUAGAGAAUUUAUCGCAUUUAUUUUCACCACUUUUAUUCUAAUCAUAACUAUGAUUUGUUUAUCAAUUGUGAGGGCUGUUUACAUCACUAGAGGCCAAAAUAUGCUAAGACUUAUAAUAGAAACCACUACAAUUCUUGUUUAUAUAGUAUUUUUUGGGUGGUUCAUAGCUGGAUUAGCUGUGUAUCACUCAUAUUUGGCAUUUACAAACCAGACCACAAAUGAACAGUUAAAGGGAGUUUUAAAGACUUUUAACCCUUGGAAUCGCGGAUUUCUCUUCAAUAUAAGGGAGAUUUUGUUUGUAAAACGUAAAAAAUUGAGUUAUGGCAGCAUCAACGAUGCCAGAAAGUUUAUGUUCAAAAGUGACAAUAUUAAUUUUAGGAAUAAAGAUGAUGUCAAAAUAAGUAAAAUAUACAAUCCUGUGAGUGGAUUUGAGAAUCCUGGGAACCUGUACUUAAUAAAGGACUAUUUAUUUGACAAAAGAUAUGUUAUUAAUUCAAUCGAAUCUAGCAAUUACAGCAGUCUCGACAAUUCAGUUUCUUGGGAUCACAAUUAUUCUUUCAAAGAAUUGAAUUCAAAUGAAUAUAAACUUGACGUACCCGGAAAUUUGGGUGGAUGUUCUGGUGAGCCUAUUUCAGGACUAGAUGGUUUGAAAGGUUCUACUUACAGUGGAGAGUCCCAGAGUUCCGAAAGUUUAGGGAGUUCUUUUAAAACUCUUGAAGAAACUUACAAUUUCCUCAAAAACGAUCUUGUAAAUAACAAAAUCGGCAACAUUUCUGAUGAUGAGAUUCAAAGUGAUCGAAAAAAUCUAAAACGAAAAAAUGGAAUGGACUUAGCAAUAAGUAGUCACCAUUAA